CACGCGAGCUCUUAAACAGGGGGCGCCUAGGCCCGCUGGAGGGGGGGUUGUCGACUCCAACAAGGAAAAAUCUCAGGGCCAGUGAUGUCAAGCUUAUUUCCAGCGCCGGUGCUGGCACAGCUCUCGGAUCUGAGUUGAGAGGCGCGACGUUGAGAAUCCAGUUGAAGACCAAAGACUGCAUCUUUGGUCCGAGGCACCCCUGGUCCUCUAGUGCCCUCCUGCCCGCUCUGUCUGAUCCGUUGCGCUCCGAUCCCGAGCUCGGAUAGCUGCUGUGUGACCGUGAUUUUUUUCAAUAAUUUUUUUUUUUUUUUUUAGCUCCUUCCUCUUCCCCGAAGUUGCCGCCAACCUUCGUCGGCCUCACCAUGUCCACCCCGAGCCUCUUCGCACAAUGCUUACGGGGUUCGCGAGGUCCUCUGGCAAGAGCCUCGGCCUCGCGCGCCUCUCCCCUCACCCGAACAUUUCGCACAUUUCGCACAAGCAGCAGCAGCAGCAACAGCAGCGGCAGCAGCAGCUCCGGCCGAAUUCGACCUCGCGCCUCCCAUGGUGGGAAAUCUAGGAUAUCUACCUCCACCCCGGCACGGCUCCUCUCGACGACAAGCCCCCGGUUGCACGGUCACGUCACCCCGCCGAAGCCUGGCGAAGAACUGUGGGUGACAUUCAUAGACAAGGAGGGCCAGGAGGUCAAGCUCGCCGUGUCCAAGGGGGACAACCUGCUCGACAUUGCGCAAGCGCACGACCUUGAGAUGGAGGGGGCUUGCGGCGGCUCCUGUGCCUGCUCGACCUGCCACGUCAUAGUGCUGGACGACGCCUACUACGACAAGAUGCCCGAGCCCGAGGACGACGAGAACGACAUGCUCGACCUGGCCUUUGGCCUGACCGAGACGAGCCGGCUCGGCUGCCAGGUAACCAUGACCAAGGAGCUGGACGGCCUGAGGGUCCGGCUGCCCUCGAUGACGAGGAAUCUGCAGGCGAGCGAUUUCAAAUAGCGACACCUGGCCCAAAGUGGGAGGGUGGUUAAAUAGGAGGGAGAGAAGGGGGCUUCUCACUGUUCUUCUAAUCUAGGCCAGGAGGGGCCGGGAGUGCCCAAUGGCUGGAUUUGUACUUCACGAUACCAUCAAGCAUUCAGCGGGUAAUUCCGGGAAAGGAAAAAAGUAGGUAUGGGCUGGUUCUGGACAUGGCCGUAGACGGCGUCGCUGUGUCAUAUACAUAGAAUAUGACCGCACGGCCCUGCAUAACGGGCUCGCGGAAUUGAGGCCAACAGUCUCUGCUCUUAUUCGGCUCUACAAGACAUUAUGGCAUUGAGCGACUCGAUGAGCCGGUGAGUUCAUGAAAAAAGAAGGAUCCUCGAGGCCUUCAUGCCUCCUCCAGCGGCC